AUGGAAAGCGGAGCGGAGACGCACCCAUCGGGGGCCCCUGGAAACCGAGGCAACGACUCCCAGGUGCCGCGGGGCCGCGGCCGGCCGGGCGCAGCUGCGCCUCGUCGGGAGCCGCGGGCGGGGCCCGCCCCAAAGCCUCUUAAGCUCCUCCGGAGGCUGCCGGGAGCCACGGGGGAGUUUCUGCGGUUGUGGAUAGGAGACGGAGCUGCUGUGAGACCUUUCGCGCGGGUGCUUCAGUUCUUCAGGCUCUCCUCGGCUGAGCGAGGGCUGCAGCAGAGGCUCUCAUCGGCCCGAAGCAGUGAGCUCGUGGAAGCGGACCGGCACGGGGCCUCCGCCCGAGACCGAGCACGAUCCCGGGGUGGCCUCGGCCACUGCGGAGUGUUUUGCGGGUGCUCUCACCCAUCCCGUUUCCAGCGGUGGGAGCGAGCAGGAAAGACAGACCGGCCAGGCGGUGGAGUCUCUCUUCGAGGGAGAGAACGGGAACGUAUCGAGCUCCACCUAGGGGUGAAUGAAGAACCAGCGGAGCGUUUGUGCGUGAGGCUGAAGAGGCAGCUGGAAAUGGUGCCCACAGCUGUGAGGCUAGUUCUCAUGGUAGGCUCCAGGAGUUUCCUGCAAUGUGUCAAAGGAAAGGUACCUGAAGACUGGAGGAUGGCGGAUGCCACCGCAGCCUUCAGAAAGGGUGUGGAGGAUGGCGUGUGCAACUUGGAGGUAGGUUGGCCUCAUGUCUGUUCCUGGGGAGGUGACGCAACAGCUUGUUGCAGGUGUCAUUGCCAUGUGACUGGAGGAGAAGGUAUUUGCAAGGAGCAGUCCAGGUGGAUGGACAGAGGAGAAGUCAUGCCGGACCAAAAGCAGGGUGAAGGCUGCAGAGAGGAUUGGCUGGAGCAGGUGUGCAGUUUUCCCAGUGGUGGGAUGAAGGAGGUGGUUGAUGGAGGUCUCUGUGCAGGUUCAGGCUGGAGGCAGGAUCCUGGUGGUGUGAGUGGGGCGCCCCUGUGGAGCAAGGGUGGAAGGUGUGUGGCAGGUCCUGUCCCGGAGGAGUGGAGUUAAGGGUCCUGGCGUGGCUGUUUUCCUGCAUGGAAGAUGGAGAUCCUGGGAGCUGUGAUGAGGAGGAGCAGAGCCAGCAGUGGCUCCUGUGUGGCAAUGGCUGCUUUGUGUGGUGCUCCUGGGCUGAAAAGAGGAGGAGAAAAAAGUUUUUAGUGUUGUUCUUCAAAGCUCAGUUUCCCUUCAGCAAGAAGCUAUGGGGAGCUUCUAGGUCUAAUGCUGUUCCUCUGCUUUUGAGCUGAAUUUCUGCACGGCAGCCUUUCUCGAAUGCAGUAGGGCUUCCCUGGCUUGAAGAUGGGUGUGCUGUCCUGAGGGAGGAGCAGUGUUGACUGUCUUACAGUGACCUUCUGCUUUCCUUUAAGAAGAGUCCACUAAGAACUGUAUUGGGUUUUUCAGUAGGUAACUCAGGAGAGGGCUUCUCGGUGAAAUCCUUUGUGUUGAAUUGCAGUAAGUUGAGUAUGUGAACCUUCCUCCCAAACUGAGACCGAACGCCAGCAAAAAUGCCAAAUAUGUUGUCCUGUUUCCCUUUAUAACAAAAGAUGUGGUACUUUGCUGGGGUUGCGCCUUUGUGUUCAAUGUUUGUAUGCAGUAUAUUGUAUCCUCAUGUGGGAGUCUGCCAUUAUUAACUGCACUGUUAAUAACUGUUAUUAUUAAUAUAAUAUAUUAAUAUAAACUGUAAAUUAAUAAUAAAAACUGUAAUUAUUAUUAA